GCUCUCUCUGUCACUGUCACCCCCUUCAACUUUUCCUCUCUCUUUACCCCCCCACAAUUUAUUACUACUACUAUUAUUUUCUAGCUAUAAUCCAAAGACUCUCUCUUGUUCAUCUCUGUCUUCGUCUUCCGGGGGCUGUUUUCAUUUUUGCACACGGAUCCAAUUUGUGGUGAAUCCCACAGGAAACAUUAAAGUCUAUAGUAUUAAGCAAGAUGGGCUGCUUCACUGUCUUAAAAGGAAGGAAGAAGAAAUACGAGCAAUGUGCAAAGAAAAGGGAUAUUAAAAGAAUGGAAUCCACAAGCAGCACGUUACCAGAACCCGAAACGCGAGGGCCUUCUCUGCAAUCUGCACCUCCCAGUUUCAAAAAUAGAACAAAACUCGUCCAAUCAAAUAAUUGGGCCAAUAACAGAACCCGAGCAUUAUCUGCCCCCUCAAGCCUAGUAGUUGCUGAUCAGGAUGCUCUCUCAAUGGAAUUGGACAUCGAAGAAGAACUCAAGGGUCAAAGUGGAACAUUCAGAGACCACCGGCUCUCAAAUCCCCUACCUCUCCCGCUUCCUUCACCGAAGGCUACUUCUACACUAAAAAAUACAGGAAGCUUCAAAUCUACGAAUCUCAGCAGUCCUAUUCAGAUGUCGGGACCUUUGCCUCUGCCUCCUUUAGGGGGAGGGCUUCGUAAUUUUUUGUAUGAAGAGAUUUCAACGGCGUGCCAACAUUUUUCAGCGGAUAGAUGUGUAUCUGAAGGUCUGUCAUCGACGGCGUACAAGGCUACAUUUGGAGAUGAUAGUACAAGUUUGAAGAAGCUUGAAGCCACAGUCACUCGCCUGCUUCCUUCUUCUCAGAGCCUGAAGGAAUUUGUGAAUGAGGUGAACACAAUAGCAUCCUUACAACAUCCCCAACUUUGUAAGUUGCUUGGUUUCCACGCACGUGAGGGUUCUGAUGAUAGAAUGUUGGUCUAUGAGAGACUGUUUCAUGGAAGUUUAGAUCGCCUGCUUUACGGGAGAUCAGAUGGACCUUCAAUUGAUUGGAAUGCACGGGUGAAAAUAGCCAUAUGUGCUGCACGAGGUCUUGCAUUUUUGCACGAAGAAGGACCAUUUCAGGCUAUGUACAAUGAGUUCUCAACUGCAAAUAUACAAGUCGACAAAGAUUUUAGUGCAAAGCUAUCAGGAUAUGGAUGUGUAGGCUAUAAUUCCGAUACAGAAAUCCUGAACACCUCGGCGGCCACUGCAAAUUUAUCAGUUGAAACUUUGGAGAGAGGAUUACUCACACCUAAAAGCAAUGUGUGGAGCUUCGGCAUUGUCCUUCUUGAACUACUCACUGGCAGGAAAAAUUUUGAUUCUAGACAUCCCAAAGAAGAGAGAAACAUCGUCAAAUGGACCAAACCCUUUCUCUCUGAUGAUUGUCGCCUCUCCCUCAUCAUCGAUUCUCGAAUUAAAGGGCGAUUCCCUCCAAAAGCAGCUCGAACAGUUGCUGACAUCGCCUUAAAAUGCCUUCAGAAGGAACCCUCAGAGAGACCUACGAUGAGAACUAUUGUGGAUUCUUUGAAAAAUGUUCAAGACAUGAAGUCUCCUUCUCGAUACCCACUUCAGGAGCCAUCAGCUGUUGUAGGAAAGCAAAUGUUGAAGUACCCAAGCUUCAAUGGAGUCGUUAUUCCAGCACCUAAAUCGAGUUACUCACCGCCACGACUAGUAUCACCAAGGACCUCUGAGUCAGCACUUCUUCCUUCUCGAACUUGUUCUUCUAAUUUCUCGUUGGUAGAAGAUGACAGGUUGGUGACUGUUAGGAAGUCUCCAUCUUCAAUUCGUCGAUCAGGGGUAGAAGGGUUUUAAUUGUUUGUAUAAUGUAAUAAUAUCUAUUCUUUUGGUUGUGUUUAGUUUUAUUUUUUUUAUGUGAUUAAAUAUAGAUGUGGUAUUUUCCAUGAGUCCUUGAUAUAUUGGACAGGAGCAUGGAAAGUUGUAAAUAAUGAUGAGUGUACGCUUUCUAUUUUGAAUGGAUGUACAAGUUUUUUGCCUGAGAGCUAAAACAGUGUUGGUUGUGGCUCCAUUUUGAACGUGCAUCCUUCGAUGUGAUUCUUGCA